AAAUUCAUUGCUGGAUAUUUUCAUUGCUAGCAGCGCUCAUGUGGUUUCUCUUCGGCAAUGAUGUACUUUGGCAUGUGAAUUGUCAUCCACCAAUGGCACGCAAGUGUGAUGUUGUGAUACACGGCUUUCGAAAUUCAAAUUUAGGUUUACAAGGAGUGUGAUGCAAAAAACAAUAUUUGUGACAUAAAUACAGUGAUUUUAUUGAUAGUGAGUGAUUGUCAAGUAUGGAGGGACCUAAAAUUUCUGGGCCCUACAGGGCAACGAAAUUGUGGAGUGAAAUGGUUCACAUAUUUUGUACUGGUGUUCCACUUAAAAAACAUAGGCGCCACAUAAAAGUAUAUGAAAAUUGCUUCACUGCCUCAGAAGCUGUGUCUUGGUUUCAUAAAGUAUUACAGAGGAACCAAAAUUUUGAUCCAACCAUUACAAAAGAACAGACCAUUCAGUUACUUAACAAGUUCUUACAUGCUGGAGUCUUUCAAAAGAUGAAUGCAACCUAUCCAUCAGAGAGUUGUUUCAAGGAAAAUGGAGAUAUAUAUCAACUCUGCAAAAAUAUCCCUCCGUUUGUGGAAAAUUCUUCUCUGCCAGUCUCUUCGAAGUCUUACCAUGUUGCCUCAAGACUGAUUAACUAUAAAGAUUCAAUAACUGGCAAACCACAAAGUGAUUCUUGCCACUAUAUUGUGGAGAAACCAGGAGAGCAAUAUAGUCUUAGUGGUAGACGGGAGAUUUUAUUGCAACAGACGUGCCACGCUCAAAGCAAUGGGUUUAUAACACGUAAUGGAUCUGCUUUUAAUACAAGGGAUGAAAAGAAGUUUUCACAGGUUCCACAUUCUAGAAUUGGGCCACACACUGUAUACAGUAAUAGAAACAAUACGAUAUCCAGCACCCAAAGGUUAGGUCAGUAUAUCUGCCAAAAUGAAAGCAAAAACGUGUACUCUCUAGGUUCUUCAGCAACUGAACAAGUGUGCAGUGCAACAGGAAAAUCAACACACAAUCAAUAUUUAAAACAAACAGUUGAACCCCAAAGGCAGAAUUCAUAUCGACAGUCUAGAAAGCACACUUCUUCUGGUGACAGCAGUAUUCGGAAUCCAAAUGGCAUACAUCACAUGCAAAUUGUGGCUGGAAAUGAUGUGUGUGGUUUAGAACCUGACCAUAACAAGAGAAAUUUGCAGAAUUUAUAUGCCACUGAUUUCUUGUUGGGCCCACAGAACAUGCAGUCACACUACGACAGUGACUACUGUGAUCUUAAGGGUAAAAAUUUCAUUUAUUCAGAUCCUUACAAUAAAGACGAACCUCCUAAUAAAUGUUAUAAAGGAAAUUUGGUACAUUCUAAUGAUAAUACUGCCCAGAAAGGUUCUUCAAAUGAUUGCAAUUUGAAGAUGUAUUCUCAGUCGGAUGGCUCAGUUGCCUUUGAUCACAAUGUACAGAAAUUGUGUCAAGAUGACAUGCCAGCUUUGAAGAACAUGGUUAGAAGGACUUUGGGGGAAUCACAGAAUACAAGAAGUUUUGAUUCUGUUGGUCAUCUGAGCAGGCAUUCCUGUCUUAGUUUGCAGGAUACCAAUAAAGUUACAAGUCAGAAUGAGAAGUAUUCUGAACACUCACAUGCAUAUCGAGGUACCCACAAUCCGAAACUUAAUGGUAGUACUAGGAGAACAACACAAGGUCAGUCAUCCCAAAAACAUCAGUACGUCACAGAGAGUACAACUGCAGAACCCAGAAACUCUGCUUCUGAAGGAAUACAGUCACUACCAUCAAACCAGGAAUCCAGGUUUUAUUUUGGUGAGAUUGACAAAAGAGUGCUGCCAACUACACGUAGAAGUUAUGCUGUAUUAACUACUGAUGAAAGCAGUGAAGCUGACCGUACCUCACAGGCCUCUAUUCCACCAGACAUUUACACAAAACAGAACGGCAGCACUCAGUAUAUCUGGAAGGAUCUGCUUUUUGAAAGGCUCCAGGAACUUCUUUCAGAAGUACCAGUUGCUGAGUUCUUUCCAAGCUGUGUACCAUAUGAAUGGAUAUUGCAAAAUGUCACACAAGAUGAACUUCCCAAUCCACAGUUGCCACACCAUAUACUCUCAGCUAUUAAUAGCCUUCUUCAUUGGCCUUCGGGAUUCACAAGUGAUGCUUUGUCUGAUGUAAGGAAUUAUUUCUGUAAUUGGACUGAGCCUCUGACGACAUUUGCAAUGUAUGAAAUUAUCACACAAGCAUAUUUGUUUGUGGAAUCAAUGAAUCAUUCUUUACAAUAUCAGUGUCAAGAUACUGGAGACAACUUAAAAGUCCAGUCAGUGCACAAAAUUUCAGCAACAGGAAGCCCUGCAAGAGAAUUACAAAAAACAUCUAAUAAAAUUUCUGAUGCCAAGUUUCAGCAAAUUAUAAGCUCCAAGAAGCUACUAAAUACCGUGUUACCCCCAAACCUGUGUUUUGAAACUGCAUUUACAUCAGACAGCCCAGUUACGAGAAUUGUUCCUCAAAGGACAAUGGAUACAAUACAUUUUUCUCUUAAGGGAGUAAAGUCGUGCAAUAUUGAUUCAACUAUUUCACAGAAGACUGAGAAUUUCCAAAGGUUAUACAACCCAUCGAACACAUUGACAGUUAGUUCACUCAGAGUUCCUGAAACAGUAACUGUUAACUUAAAAAGAAAUGCUAGUGCUCCUAAUUUGUUGGAAGUCACUCAGAAAAUGUGUACGAAACCACUUGCAAAACAUUCGAAAAGCAUGAGAGAGACACACAAAGCAACUGCAGUUGGCACACAAAGAUUAAUUACAAGACCAAAACCUGGGAAAUGUGGUUGGUACAGAAAUAGAAAACUUUCCAAAGAACCAAAUAUUAACCACCUUCGAAGCAAAUCUGGUGGCUACUUCAAUCCAGCUUUGUCACAAUCAGUAGAUGAUGUGGAGGGACAAGAUCUUGGAUCCAUUCAGUUGGAUUAUGAAGCAGCCCUUGAAACUCUGAGCAAGCUUAUGGAUUGCAGUCGUGAUCCAGGAUCUAACAACACUGCAAAUAAAAGCAGAGCAUCACUUGAUAGUACUGGAAGUGAAAGCAGUUCAUAUUAUACAGCAACAAGUUCUGCAGAUAGCUCCAGAGGAAGUAGCCAGAGUAUUCCUGAAACAGUAGAAGGGCACAGGUUUGACUCUGUUUUAUGGGUGCAUACAUCGGAAAGACUUCUUAUAGAAAUUCUACAGAUACUAUUAUUGUUUGUGCCUCCACACAAUCGUACAAGAUUGAAAUUGUUGUUGAGUUUUAUGAAGCAACUGGCACUGUUAUCCAUUGCUGUGGAGGAGAACUGUCAGUCUACUAUAUGGGACUUGCCACAGGUUAUUUCAACUUUUUCUCCAUGUGUGAUAUCCAGUGACUGUGGAGAAAAUUUCAAUCGACAAGUUGUGGAGAAAAUUGUGAACUUUAUGAUUACCCACCAAGACGAUUUACUAAAUUUGCCACCUACAGUCUGCACAUUAACUCAGAGACAUAAAGAGAGACAGCAGGUACUGCAGGAUACCAAUAAGGUAACUGAAGAGAAAGUUACAUUCUGUGAACAAGUUUCCUCACAACAAUUUGAACAACAGCGACUUACGAGUUCACAGAUUGCGCUUUCAGAACUUCUGGAACAAAUUUUGUCUGACCGCAAAAUGAAGAUUAAAGAAAGAAAGAAACGAUUGAAGAUGUUCAAGGAGUCAUAUCCUCAUAUCUAUAACAUGAGGUUUCCAGAGGACAAAAGCAGAGAUACUGGCAGUGCAGAAAAACAUCGAAGUAUUCUCCAUUUUCCGACAUUCGCUAGACUGAAAAGUAUAAGAGUGUGAAAUAAGUGAAAUGCCAGUCACUUAUUGCUCUUCAUCUGCAGUUCUUACUGCUUUGUGGUUGUUACUUUUACAAGCCUGACCUAAAGAAAAGAGACAAUCUCUCUCUACCCUGCCCUCCUUUACCAUUCCCUCUCUUUUGUGCAAAGACUGUUAGUCCUUAAACAAAGCACAAAAAGAAAUUGUUAUAAUGAACUUUUCUUUACAUGACUACUUUUGAAAUGCAUGCCUUUCCGUCAGCUUUGUCACUGGCAUGUCAGCAUACAUAUUACAUGUUUGUCACUAUCACCAAUGCAUUACUUUUUGUUAAGCCUUUUAAUGAACACCACAUAAAAUCUCAUAUUCUACAGUAAAUAAUAAUUAUGUAACAUAAUAGUAACUUUGAGACACUAUACACAGCACUACAGUACAUAAGGACCAAACAUUGACUUUUUUUAUACAUGCCCUGUGUGCUGUUUUCCUCUGUUUUCUUUAACAGACUAGAUAGCAUCUCACUUUGCAGCUACCAAUAAUGAUCAAUUAGGCAAAGUAACUGAGUGAAGUACCACUGUGGGUUAAGACACAAGAUUUGUGUUAGGGAAGAUAACAGUUCAGAUCUCCAUCUGUGUAUCUAUACUUUGGUUUUCCGCAAUUUCCUUAAAUUGCUUAUUGUGAAAGCUAGGACAGUUCCCUGGAAAAGGCACAUACAGUCUCUUUCCCUGACAUUGUCAGUCUGAUCUUGAGUUCCAUAUUUAGCAACCUCAUCAGUGAUUUCAUUUAAACCUCGAUCUUUCUUCUCUCAUUCCUUCCUUCUCUCCUUCGGGCAACUACUUCUUGUUCAUCAGUUUUAGUCUGUCGGCACUGUUUUAAUUUUAUUAAAAAAACUAUUAGAUAUGAAAUCAAGAGUUGUGGUAAUAACAGGAAAAAUGUUGGCAGUUGCAGAAUGGUCCCUGAAUAAAUGGGGAUUUAAAUCACAUACUAGUAGGUGAGAAAUAAUUAAAAUAGUAUUUCCAUAAUUGAGCUGCCUGUUCAGAAAAAUUUUUAGAUAUGUCUUUCAAAACACUAAUUUGAACAUGUAAUGAAAUAAAUAGUUCUAGUGUUUGUAGCAUGCAGCUAUAUAAAGUCAUAUAUGACACUUUGGUGACUUCGGUCAUUUUACAGAUUGCUUACAAAUUGCUACAUAUUUUUUUCAACAUUUACAUACCAGGCAGUAUAUAUUUCGAUGCUCAAUGUUCAUCACAGUACAAUCUAAAUAUAAAAUACACUCAUUAAGACACAGAUAUUUGGACACAUUGGGAAAUGUGAAAGUGCGAGCUUUUGUUUAGUUAAGUUAGUGGAAUGUCAGGUAUUCUUAAUUUUUUAAAAGUACACAUAAAUGUAAAAUGUGCAUACUGCUGCUCUGGUGUUGAUUGUCUUCAGAUAAUUGUGUAUUCCACACCACAUAUGAAAUAAAAAUGCAGUCUGUCACCAAAGGACCAAAUUUAUUUUGAGUACAACAUUUAAAUAUAAGUAUAGCUGCAGACAAUGUGCCAAAUAUUAAUUUAGUGUUUGUUCAUUUCAUGUGAAUAGCUUUACUUACUCCAUUCACUCACUACUAUUCGACAUUUUAAAAUUAUAUGUAUUAGAUUGUUAAGUUUUUUUUUAAUUAGUUACAAUAUUAGUUUUAUACCAAGUGGAUGGCAGUACAUAAAGACAGUUACUUGUACUUGAUUGUUGUCUCUUUGUGAAAUAUAUAUGUAUUUUUAGUCUUUUGUACUACACAUUUAUAAGUCUGCUUGUUGUUAUGCUAUUGGACAUUUUGCAUUGUAUCGUUUAUAUUUGUUCAAAUAUCAGUUGAAUAUUUCAUUCAUUUUAUCAUAUGUAGAAUUUUAUGUACUUCAGAGAUAUUUACUUACUCAAUAAGCAAUAAAGGAAAAGAGUAUCCUGAA